CCUGUCACAAAUUGUCAAAGUAAAGGAGUAGAAGUCAAAAUAAAAAAUUGUGAAAAAUUCAUCAAGAAAAAAAUAAUGUUUUUCUUCGCAAAACAAUUACAAUCCUUAAACAAAACAUACUUGUCGGUUGAAGUGCGGUAAACGGACGACCUAAUCCAUAUUAGUAUUACAAUGAAACGAUAAAUGUGUGGUUUUUCCAAUGAAUGAAGUUAAAUCAAAUACCUCGUUUGUAAAUUCUGCAAACAUUGGAAGGGCAAGGACUUCCGAACUAAAGUCCACUGCUUCAAUUCAUCGAAAGCACACCCCUUUAUUUUUCGUAAUCAUGAGAAUCAAUUUGAAAGUCGUAUUGGUAUGUCUUUGCUUGGCUGUGUUUUUCAUUACAAUAACAUUUUGGUCACGUUGCGGUGACUUAUCAUUACCGAAAAGCUUUUUGCCAAAAUGGGAUAGCCGAAGAUUUUACGAAGGUAAACUAAAACAAAUGCAAACGCGAUUCACCAACGGAAUAUUUAUAACAACUCGUCUGUACACAGGCAACCAACAAGGCGAAACAAUUGAAGAAAUCGAAUGCCUAAUUAAUCAAAAGUACAGCGUGUCGUGUAGACGUGAAGGGGAUGAAGUUUAUUUGCCAUUUUCGUUUUUGCACGAUUACUUUGAGGUAUUUGGCACGAUAAGUUCAACAGUAAAGGGAACGAAUCGAUUUGAAUGGUCGCACACGAAUGCUAAGGUCAAUUAUCCUAAAGAGGCGUACGAUCCGAAGGGCAUUUUUAUGUACUUUGAAAACUAUAACGUUGAGAUGCGAGAUCGUGUGAAAUGUAUUAGUGCAUCUGACGGAGUACCUCUUUCGACACAAUGGCAAACUCAAGCGUACUAUUAUCCCACACAAAUUGCCCAAUUUGGACUGUCGCAUUAUAGCAAGAAUUUAACCGAUCCAGAGCCAAGGAAAAAGAUUAUUGAAGAUGCCGAAAAAGAUCAAUCGGAAUGGAUUGUUCCAAAAGGCAGCAAUUUGACCAGACAGUAUGACGGAAGCGUUUAUUCAAAUGUUGUGUCAUAUACCACACCAUCGCUUUAUGAAAGUGCUGUGAUGCUUCCGCUUGAUCAUGUCUUAGAUUUGGUCAUGAGUGUAGAUGUCUUGUUAAAAGUGAACAGUAGCAGCUUGAUUGUUAUGCUGCAAAACCGUGAAACAAAGAAAACGUUUAACUUACAUUACAUUGUGGCUGAUUUGAUGUUGAGUAUACAGGGUGAAAACUUUUAUUAUGGAAUCGGAUCAAAUAUAAAUGACUGGAAACAUUUGACUCGUGACUUGCUGGUGGACUUACAAAAAGGCAUCCAAGCACAAAGUAAUUCGGAUAAGAAAAAGAAGCAUCGAAGAACUGAAAUCAAGGUCGUUGGAAUAUCGUUCCUGGGCACUGGCAGUUUCGAUAAUUUAACAUUUGCAACCAGUGAACAUAUAGCACAAUUUUAUGACGCGGCUGAAUGGUUUGUUCGCCAUCAGGAUUCGUCAGGCGGAUGGCCCAAUCCAGUUAAACGUAAACUAUCGGAAUUUGCAGAGUUAAAGGCCGGAUGGUAUUCCGCAAUGGGUCAGGGCCACGCAAUAUCUCUUUUAUCUAGAGCUUACCAUCAUUCAAAUGGGGAUCAGCGCUACUUAAAAGCAGCUGUUGAUGGUUUAAAGCCGUUUCGAGUACCAUCAAAACAGGGGGGCGUAUUAGCUAAAUUUCUUGGAAAACUCGAUUGGUACGAAGAAUAUCCAACUUCACCACCUUCGUUCGUGUUGAAUGGUUUCAUCUACUCGUUAUUAGGCCUAUACGACUUAAACGCAACAGUGCCCACAUUGCAAUCCCGCGAUGCUGGCCGUCUGUAUGAACAAGGGAUGAUUUCGCUCAAAAAGAUGUUGUUGCUAUUCGACACCGGUUCUGGCACAAUAUAUGACUUGCGACACUUCACUUUAGGUAUCGGACCGAACAUUGCCAGAUGGGAUUACCAUGCAACACAUGUGAAUCAACUGCUGUUACUUGCCAAAAUACACCAGGAUCCACUCAUAUCACGUACGGCCGAGCGAUGGCAUAGUUACAUGUACGGAAAACGGUCACCGCACAAUUGAUAAGUUGAUAUUUCGAGAUAUUUUGUUGAUUUUUGCUUUUCUGAUUAUUUGUUGGGGUGCCGGGUGCCGUUGAAAAGGAUUCAAAGUUACUAAUUUACGUUAGGUCAACGAGUUAAGAUUUUUUUAGUUGAAUCGCCCAUUAUUGGUGAAGAAUGCAUUUAGAGCACAAGUAGAAAAGGAGUUAGAGUGAGUGAGAGAGAGGAAAAAUUUGAUUAAAAAACUCGUUAAACGAGAAGAGACUGAACUUGAAAUUAUUUUACGCUAGAAUUUUGAUUGGUAUGAGGUUCAACCAUUUAUGCAAGUGUAUCGUGAGCUUGGUAGACUUUCCGGUUCGAUCGCAAUAUUAUUUUCGUUGGUCUUUUCAUUAUCCCAGUGACCAGUUUGAUUUUUUUCUAGACAAUCAAACCAUUAUUUGAAAUUGAAAAAUUAACAUAACUUCAACGAUAAAACAUUUUUUAAGGGGAUGAGCUAGCAAAGCGUUGGUAGAAAAACCAUUUUCCUCUCCUAAAAUACUCUGAUGCAAAAAAUAAAUAAAAUUUGUUCAAUCAUUUGAACAAAUUGUUAAAACGUCGCUAAAAAAUUAUUUAAAUGAACCCUGUGUACUGAUUAAUGACUUAUUAAAAAACAAAUUUUAGAAUACGCAAAACAAAAGUACCUUCAAAAUCAAAUUAUAUACAUUGCGCUCAUGGUGAAAGCAUAAACGGAAACUAAUCAGAGUCGGUAACUAAUCAGAGCUUGAUUCAGAUUCGAAUCUUUGAAAAUGUUGAGUAAAUGUUGUGCUAAAAUGUACUGGUGAAAAUUUGGCAUAUGGUAGAAUAUUGAGAACUGGUUUUCAACACAUGGUAACUAAAGAAAUUUAGUCAUUCCCGAGGUCAUUCCACUUUUUUUUAACGGAAAUUCAAUUACUGAACUAGGAACCAGGG